CUGGCCCGAAGUCAUUCUUUUAUAUAUCUACCUUUCUUCCGAGCAUAAUUGGCCCCCGGUAUAGUAUUUAAUUCGACAACCAACAGCACAGCAAGAUGAAGGGAUUACACGGAGGUAUUCCUAUCGCGGUUCUGGCCGCAGUCGCUCGGGCCCAGGUCGAUGUCAUCGGCGGCUCCGACGGCCUCGACUCUGGCAACGCAGGAGGCGUGAGCACCGACAAUGAUUUCAGCCGGGCCACCACCGAAGUGAACAAGGACGACCACCACGUCGACGUCAACACCAAGACCAAGGUUGAUGUGGACGUGGAUGCCUACCCUGAUCCGUACUGGCACCACUGGCACCCGUACGGCCCGCCUCACUGGCGAAAGGCCCGUGGCCACCCCGGCACCACGGUGAUCGGAGGCCCCAACGGUAUUGACACCGGCAACGAUGCCUCGCUUCCCACCAAGAACGAAUUCGCCUCAUUCUACAAGGAACACAACCAGGAUGACCACUCCGUGGAUGUCGACAACAAGCUGCACUAUGAGUAUGAUGUGCAUGGACACCCGUACCCGGUUCCCGUCUGGAAGCGCGAUCCCAAGUUCUGGAACCCCCCUGCCACUCUUAUUGAUGGCCCACACGGUAUAGAUACCGGCAACGACGCCUCUUUGCCGACCAAGAACGAGUUCGCCUCGUUCUACAAGGAGCACAACCAGGACGACCACUCUGUUGAUAUUGACAACAAGCUGCACUACGAGUACGACGUGCACGGACACCCGUAUCCAGUCCCUGUCUGGAAGCGCGACCCCAAGUUCUGGAAUCCCCCUGCAACUGUCAUCGACGGUCCUGGUGGCAUAGAUACUGGCAACAGCGCCUCUUUGCCGACCAAGAACGAGUUCGCCUCGUUCUACAAGGAGCACAACCAGGACGACCACUCUGUUGAUAUUGACAACAAGCUGCACUACGAGUACGACGUGCACGGACACCCGUAUCCAGUCCCUGUCUGGAAGCGCGACCCCAAGUUCUGGAAUCCCCCUGCAACUGUCAUCGACGGUCCUGGUGGCAUAGAUACUGGCAACAGCGCCUCUUUGCCGACCAAGAACGAGUUCGCCUCGUUCUACAAGGAGCACAACCAGGACGACCACUCUGUUGAUAUUGACAACAAGCAGCACUACGACUACGAUGUGCACGGACACCCGUACCCAGUCCCUGUUUGGAAGCGCGACCCGAAGUUCUGGAAUCCCCCUGCAACUGUCAUUGAUGGGCCUGGCGGCGUGGACUCGGGCAACGGCUUCUCUGCUCCCACGGAGAACUCCUACACCUCGGUGUACGAUGAGUUCAACAAGGAUGAUCACUCGUGGGAUCUUGACAACAAACUUGACUAUGACUACCAUGAUCACCCGUAUCCCGUUCCCGUCCCUGCCUACCAUCACUGGAAGGCCCGUGGACUCGGCGACACCGUGAUCGAUGGCCCCGGCGGCGUGGACACUGGCAGCUCGGCUUCCGUUCCCACAAAGAAUGAGUUCGGAGUCGCCUACAGCGAGACCAACAUCGACGAUCACUCCGUUGACAUUGACCACAAGACUGACGUGGACGUCGACACCCACUACCCCUACCCUGUGCCGUACCCGGUCCCAGUGCCUGGCUAUCCCCACCACUGGAAGGCUCGUGGAUUGGGCGACACCGUGAUUGACGGCCCCGGCGGUAUCGACACGGGAAACGAUGCGUCCAUCCCCACUGAGAAUGAGUUUGCGAGCGGCCACAGCGAAACCAACGUCGACGAUCACUCUGUUGACAUUGACCACAAGACUGAUGUGGACGUGGAUACCCACCUGCCCUACCCGGUGCCGUAUCCUGUUCCUCACCCUUUUCACUACCACCCCGAUCCCUACCAUCUCCACGUCCGGGGGUUCGGCGAUACUGGUAUUGAUGGUCCGGGCGGUGUUGACUCGGGCAAUGGCUUCUCCGCUCCCACGAAGAACUCCUACGCGUCCGUUUACGACGAGUUCAACAAGGACGACCACUCUUUCACGGGGAAGGCUGCGGCUGAUAUCGAUAUUGAUGAACAUCACCCCUACCCUGUUCCUGUGCCCGUGCACCACUGGAAGGCCCGGGGCCAUCCCACUCGCCCCUGGAACGACGUUACCCUCAUUGAUGGCCCCGGAGGCAUUGACACUGGAAACGACGCCGACCUGUCCACGACCAACACCUUCCUUUCAGACUAUGACGAGUUCAACCAGGAUGACCACUCGUUCACCGGCAAGGCGGCGGCCGAUGUCGACAUCGACCACGACUACCCGUACCCCUUUCCCGUCCCUGCGCACUUCUGGAAGGCCCGGUCGGUCCACGAACCUCCCGUGACGGUCAUCGGCGGCCCCAGCGGCAUUGACACUGGCAACAGCGCGGAUCUGUCCAGCGCCAACACCGCCAUCACGGAUUACGACGAGUUCAAUGGUGACGACCACUCGGUGGAUGCGAAGGCCAAGGCUGACUGGAACGUUCACUACCGCCGGUCGAUCUUCGACGGUCCCACCGAUGUGAUCGAUGGCCCGGGAGGUGUUGACACUGGCAACGGUUUCUCCGCCCCCAAGAGCAACCACGUCGCCACCGGAUACAGCGAGUACAACCAAAACGACCACCAUGUCGACAUUGACACCUCUACUGACGUCGAUGUCGAUGCUCACGCGCACCCCUUCCCGGUCCCUCACCCCGUUGGCGUCCCUCACCCUGCUCCCGUGCCUCCUCGCCCGGUGUACCCCGGCCCUGGCCCUUUCCACGAACCCGAGGCUGUGCCGGAGCCUGCUCCUGAACAUGCUCCCGAACACGCACCCGCUCCGGCACCUGCCCCUGCCCCGGCUGGCGAAGGCCACGUUCCCCAAGAAGCCCCCCACGCCAACCCGGCUCCGGGCCCUGAGCCUGUGGUCCAGCACAACCCCCAGGGUGAAGAAACCCACCAAGCUCCUCCUUCGAGCGAAGUCCACGCGCCUGUCCCGGAGAACAAGCCCCAGACGCCCAGCCCCCAGACGGAGACUUCUGAGCCCAUUGUCCACUCCGAGCCUGCUCCUGCUCCUCCCGCUGCUGCCGUGCCGAACACCCCGAACAGCCACUCGCAGUCGGAUGUCUCUCCCCCUGCGGCCCCUAACAGCAACUCGCAGCCUGCCCCUGCUCCUCCCGCUGCUGCCGUGCCGAACACCCCGAACACCCCUAACAGCAACUGGCAACCUGCCCCUGCCCCUCCCGCUGUUCACAGUGCUGGUGCCCCCCCUGCCGCGUCUCCUCCCUCGGCGCCCUCUGUGAACCAAGGCAACUACCAGCCAGCUCCUCCCGCGGCCCAGUCCCAGGCCAUCCCUGACUCUGUUGAGCACGCUGCUCAAACUUCGGCCGUCCCCAUCUUCCACGGCAUGGCCACUCCCUCGUCCUCUGCCGCGCACGCCGCUCUCACUUCCACUGUGACCGUUCCCCAGGCCUCCUCGUUCGCCAAGAUCCCCGUAUUCGUGCCUCAGUCGUCCGCUGCCACUCCGCCCGCUUCUCACGCUCCUGCUUCUAGCACCGUGAUCGUGCACCCGACUGGCGCUGCCGCGUCUACCCCCAGCUCGGCUUCUUCGAACGCUGCCAUCGCCUCGCGCGCUGACGCUGUCUUCACGGGCGGUGUUGGCCAGCUAACGCCUCACGCGGGUGUCUUCUCUGUUGUCUGUGGUGUCAUUGGCCUGUUGGCGUUUGUCUUGUAAAAUGUGCCUGAGUACCUCCUAUUC